UAUAGAAGGUUCAGUUAGAAUAAUAAUUGAUUAUUCAGGUGAUUGAAGUCAUAAUCACUCUUUUUUUGGAAUUCGUUUUUAGACGAUUUCAACAAACACGCAAAUUAAACGUCUCGAAUUCUCUGUGCGUAACAGAAUACAUUUUCCAAUAGUUUGAAUUGAAAUUGUGAAACAACAAUCGAAUUCUUUGCAAGCAAUCCGUCAGAAGGGUGAUUAUUAAUAUCAUUGCGUCAAGAAAGUGUUUUAAUAACAUAGGAAAUAUUCAAAAUAAUGGAAGAAACAGCGAAGCGACGAAAGCAAGCCUCGCGAGAUACGGAGUCAGAAAAUUUAACAGCUAAUCAGGAAGAUGAGAAGAAAUUGCAAGAGAUUCCAAGGAAGACCUUGAAGCACUACUUUAAUAGAUUUAGGUACUACCAUUACUGCGUUGCUGAAAAAAUAGAUACCAUACUUGGAAUAGUAUGUUUUGGGAUAAUUAAAAUUUAUCUUUUCUUCAUGGGAAACCAACAGCAAAGCUUACAAAGUGACGAAGAAUGAUCCGUUGAAUUGAAAAAAUAU